AUCCAUCUCUGUCAUAGUCAUAAAUGUAGUAAAUUCUACUAUUCUGUGUUUUCUGUUCAUUACAGCUCUAAAAUAAAUAUUUGUUUCAUAAAGAUUAAUUUUUGGUUCACCAGAGCAGAGUGAGAGGAGGAGAACAGACUCAGUCCAGUGGUCCUGGGCUCAGGAAGACCCUCUUCUGCCUUUCUCUGAACACCUGGACUCUGAGCACAAGGUGCGGCUGAAGUGGGGAUUUGAUGAGAUCAAGGGUACCAUCUUGUUCGAGCUCACGAUCAACACCAACGGCUGGGUCGGUUUUGGCUUCAGCCCCAAAGGAGGAAUGACUGGAGCCGAUGUUGUCAUUGGAGGAGUUGGACCCGAUGGCAGUUACUUUACGGACCGUCAUGCUGGGGGGAAUUCAAUGCCUGUGGUUGACCAGCAACAGAACUACAAACUUCUGUCUCUGACUGAGUCUGAUGGGAAAACAGUCAUGAAGUUUCAAAGGUCUAUCGAUUCCUGUGAUAAAGAUGAUCUACCCAUCACUGAUCUCGCCAUGAAGCUGAUCUAUGCGUACGGACAGACUGAUGACAUCACGUACCACAGUAACCGAAGAGGCACAAAGGAGUUGAACCUGUUGAAGUACAUGCCUCACGUCAACCCUCCAAACAGCAGCUUUUUUGACAUAACAAUGGUCAAUUUCACUGUACCAGCCAAGCAAACCUACUAUCACUGCAAGAUCAUGAAAGCCAGGUUUGGUCCCAAACAGCACAUUUACCGCAUUGAGCCAGUGAUCGAAAACUUUGACCUUGUGCAUCAUCUGCUGCUGUACCGCUGCCCUCCGACUGUGACGGAGCCGCUUGAGGCGGAAUGUUAUACUGGAGUGGAUGGGGAGUGCAUGGAGGUCGUGGCUGUGUGGGGAGUCGGUGGAGGGGCUUUUGAAUUUCCUGAGGUGGCAGGACUUCCAAUUGGCGGAAAUGUUGGAGAUUUUUUCUACAGGCUUGAAGUGCAUUACAACAACCCCAAUAAAAGUGCAGGUCGAGUUGAUAACUCAGGUCUGCGGUUCUACUACACAUCUGAACUCCGUCUGCACGAUGCAGCUGUUCUGAUGACAGGGCUUGCGGUGGCCCCUGGGUAUGCCAUCCCACCCAAAGCCAAAUCCUUCCUCACGUAUAGCAUGUGUGACACUGCUAAUAUUCCAAAGGUGCUGGAGACACCACAUGAUCUUCAGGUGUUCUCUGCGAUGCUGCACACACACUUGGCUGGGCGGAAGGUGCGAGUCGGACUCUUCAGAGGGGGAGAACAGAUCGAUCUUCUAGUUGCGGAUGAAAACUAUGAUUUUGAAUAUCAGGAAGUGACAAACUUAGGUAAAACUAAGACAGUGAAGUUGGAUGACAAAUUGCUGGUGGAGUGCACCUAUAAUACUGAAAACCGAGACACACUCACAUGGGGUGGGUUCUCAACUACAGAUGAGAUGUGUUUGGCCUUCAUCUUCUACUAUCCAGCUAUGAAUCUGAGCGGCUGUGCGAGCUUCCCUGAUUUAACGUCUUUACAAUCCGCGAUGGGAGCAACAGAUAUCGAUUCUUGGCUCAAUAUAAUGUUUACCAAGACUUGGAAUGACACGACUAUCAGUGAAUACCAACAAACACUGAAGAGUAUCGACCAGUUCAUCACAGUUGUGAACUCACUUAACAAUGCAUCUUCAUAUAAAGGGACACUUCCUGAUCUUAAAGUCAUCCCACCUGCACCCUGCAUAAGUGGCUGUGUGACCAAAAGUCUUGCUGUGCUAUCGCUGCUCACAUGUUUGGCAGUGCAGUGGGCUUCCUUUUGAAACACUAAUGCAAAAUAGCACUGAUGUAACUUGUCUGAAUGUCUGAAUCAUAAAGAGAGCAAAAACUCCUGGCUCACAGGGACUGAAAAUUGAGCAAGCUAUAUGUAACUUCUUCCUUUUUUUUUUUUAUAAAUCAUUAAAUGGAAAUGGACUUUACACUUUA